UUAUUCGCGAGCUUAUUUUAGAAAACUGCUAGUUGUUUUACGGAUUUCAUUACUCGCUUUAUUUGUCGUCACGACGCAAAGUAUUGUUGAAAAAAAAAAAAAGCAAAAACAUGAAUAUCACUUUCGAAAACAAACGUAUUCUGGUUACAGGUGGUUGCCAAGGUAUUGGUAAGGGAAUAUGCCUACGAUUGUCCGAGUACAAGGGCACAGUCAUCGCGUUGUCCAACAACAAAGACAACCUCGCCAAACUGUCCCAAGAGUACCCAAACAUCCGGACCGUGUGCGUGAAUCUACUCGAUUGGGAUGCGACGAGAGAAGCUGUGAAAAAUGUCCUGCCCAUCGAUCUACUGGUGAACAAUGCCGGGAUAGGAUCUCACGGGUCUUGGCUUAAGGUGACGUCCACAGAUUUCGACGACACGUUUGGGGUGAACGUCAAGGCGAUGUUCAACGUAUCUCAAGUUGUCGCGCAAAAUAUGAUCGAGAGAAACGUAAAAUCAGGUGCCAUUGUCAAUUUAUCUUCGCAAGCUGGUGUAUCAGUGCUUAAGGAUUGCACCGUUUAUUGCUCCACAAAAGCUGCUGUGAACAUGUUGACAAUGUCACUAGCACAGGAUUUGGGACCUCACAAUAUUCGAGUUAACUGCGUACAACCUACUGUGGUGAUGGCAGGUAUGGGAAAAAUUUUUAUCACAGAUUGUAAAGAAGCCGAGGAUAUGAAGAACAGAAUUCCCUUGGGUCGCUUUGCAGCUCGCAUGAAGUAA